GUUUACCCUGUCCUUUUCGUGUGAUGACCCACGGCAUGCAAGAAAGUUGCUCGUUGUUCAAAUUGUUGCACUGAGACACGGCGUAAAGAGUGUGUUGUAAUUCCCUGCUGCAUCGAACCUCGGAAUUUGCCGUUGCACCAGUCCUUCGUUCGAUUGCUGGUCGAAGGAUGAAGGACGAUAUCAUCUAUCUGGUGCUGCUGGGCACGUGUAUCGGGUUUGGUCAGUACUACCGAAAGUUGACCAACCCGCAGGAGAAGAAACUGAUCGCAACCGGAUUCGGGUUACUGGUGGUGCUGUCGGUGAGCGGAUUCCACAUGCUGCACAUGCUCUUCUGUUAUCUCGUCAGUGCACUGCUGAUAAUCUAUGCUAGUCACAAAAUUUGUCAUCUAGCCUGCUUUGGUUUCAUGUUCGGUUACCUUUGCUUUUUCCGUGCGCUAGCGUUGCUAGGCUACGAAACGCCUCCCGGGCACACGAACAUGAUCCAGAUGAUACUCACGCUGAAACUGGUGGGGCUGGCGUUUGAGGUCAAUGCGGCCCAUACCCGCCGUCAACUGGCCGCUGCAGGUGGAGGAGAGCCACCGAAGCAUAUCGACCAGGCACUUUUGCAGCUCGACAUGCUGAACAUCUUCCACUACAGCUUCAAUUAUGUCGGUGUACUGACUGGACCGUACAUUACCUACAAAACGUAUCUCGAUGCGAUCUAUUUACCGUACAGUGGGCGCGCAAACUGCGUUGAGGCGACGUUGGAAAGGCUAAAGGUUAUUCCUCUGUACGCCAGUCUUUUUCUGCUCGUUUCGUACGUGUGGCCCCUGCAGUACGCCACCAGUGACGAGUUCUACGUGGAGCGCUCAUUUAUCUACCGAUUGUGGUAUGUUUGGCCCACGUUCUUCAUCUUUCGUAUGCGCAUCUACACGGGAAUCCUGCUGAGUGAGUGCGUUUGCACCAUGGCCGGUUUCGGCGCUUAUCCGGUGGCUUUCGCAAGCAAACCCGGACACGGACCCACGAAGGAAACCCCUGUUCCGGCAUCACUGGAAGGGUUAGAGUACAACUUUGAAGCAGUACGUAACAUUGACGUCAUCAACACGGAACGCUGCUGGACGUUCCGUGAAGCGAUGAAGUACUGGAACAUGUGCGUCCAGUACUGGAUGGCCAUGUACGUGUACAAACGGUUCCCCAGCAAGAAGUAUCGCACGCUAGCCACGCUCGGUAUUUCCGCACUCUGGCACGGUGUCUACGGUGGUUACUACUUCUGCAUCUGCGCCGCACCGUUCUAUCUACCGAUCGAGGACAUCUACGUUAAGCUGUUCGUGAACGGUGCCACCGGUAUCCGGCGGACGGUGUUCAACGUUUUGUGCUGGAUCUCCAAGUUUUUCGCCUUCUCGUACAUGGGCAUCGCCUUCCUGCUACUGACGGUCGACAAAAUCUGGCAUUACUACAGCUCGGUGUACCACUUCGGAUACGUGCUGUGGUUGGUGAUGUUUGGUGUCGGUGUGCUGCUUACCAAGCAGCGUAAGGCGGCCGCGAAGCGGGCGGAACGGGCACGCCAACAAAGUACAAAACAGGAUUGAGCGAAUGCCUCCGGUAUUCCCGUAUCCGAUAUGACACAAACAAUUUUCCUCGAAACUAUGCACACUGCACUGCGCGUGUUCUAGUUUAGUCGUAGCGCUUCCUAUUUAUUUACGGGUUGUUCGGGUUUGGUUUGGUGUACGCAAGUAUUUAGCUGGAGCGUGUUGCUUCAUCUGUAUGUUAA